AUGGCAGAGGGAGACGAGAAAUACGGCAUAAGCCGCGAUGAUGCGGAAACAGGUGUCGCCAAGCCCGAUCUGCGCAUCCUUCCCCUCUGCGCGUCAAUCUACUUCCUGUCGUUUCUCGACCGCUCCAACAUUGGUAACGCCAAGAUCCUCAAUUCUUCAACACGUGAUGACCUGCAGACCGCCACGGGCAUGACAGAUUACCAAUUCAACAUUGCGCUGAUGGUAUUCGUCGUGGCAUACGCUGUAUUCGAGGUCCCUUCCAACAUUUUGCUCAAGAGAUUGCGGCCGAGCAGAUGGCUGGCCGUCUUGAUGUUUUGCUGGGGCGCUCUAACCAUUUGCCUGAGUGCCGGUAAGAACUUUGGCGGUGUGACGGCGUUGAGGUUCCUGCUGGGAGCGUUUGAAGCAGGCCUUUUCCCGGGGCUGGUGUAUUAUUUGACGUUUUGGUACAGGCACAAUGAGAGGAGUGUGAGGGUGGCUUUUAUCCUCGCUUCAGCUACCUUGGCUGGAGCCUUCGGAGGCGCAAUUGCUUACGGAAUAGGCCACAUCAACACGGCCCAUAACCUCCGGGGCUGGCAAUGGCUGUUCAUCAUUGAAGGAAUUCCCUCUUGCGUAUGCGCCGUCCUCGUCUUCUUCAUGCUGCCGGACUACCCCGAGACGGCGAGCUGGCUGAGCAAAUCCGAGCGAGACCUCGCCGCCCGACGGCUCCUCCACGAGGGCAGCAAAGGGACACAGCCGGCCAUGACAUGGGCGGAUGCCAAAGCUACCCUGACGGACUGGCGGCUCUACCGGCCAUUAUGCGAUUUACUUUGCCAUUAG